GACCGCGCCACGGUGGACCCCGUGUACGAAGCGCUGCGCUACGGGACGUCGCUGGCUCAGAUGAGUCGCUGCAGCUUCGGCAGCAUCUCCGAGUCGCCCUGCCACGAGGCUGAGAAGUUCCCAGACAAGCUGGAGAAUCAGCCAAUCGCCGAAGAGGAAGCCAUUCCAGGAAUGCUCACCCCUCCCGAAAGCGAGAAGGCAGAUUCUGAAGAGCGAGUCAGCCUAAAGACUCCCAAGCGUGUGGAAGUCCACUCCAUGCACACCUACGUAGCUCUCUACAAGUUCCUGCCUCAGGAGAACAACGAUUUGGAACUACA